CCCCUCAUAUCUCACUCCACCCAGCCCUAGAAUAAAAACCACCGGUGACGUGCGCGCAGGGAAGCACCCAGCAGUAUGUGCGCGCCCACGGGAGGGGCCGAUAGAAAAUGGCGAGUCUGUGCAAAAGGCAGCAAUGCACGGUAGAGAGGCGCGGCUUUCGGCAGGAACUUGACUCUUGGAGGCACAAACUCAUUCACUGUGUAGGCUUUGAAAGCAUCUUGGAAGGCUUGUUUGGGCCAGGACUAGUCAAAGAUAUCACCCUUUUCCAAGACUGCGAGCCGGAGGAAGUGUCUGACUGGUCCUUCGAUGAAAACUGUCUCUUCUGCUGCUUAAGACGUGAGAGAGUCAAGGAGCACAGCGGAGAGAACGGUGGAGGCAGCCAGGUGCUGUCGGAUUGUGAAGACUUCAAACAGGAGCAGUCUCGGAUCAGCCGGCUGGAGAGACAGGCCCAAGACUUCCUCAAUGCUGUGUUCCACAGAAAAGACCUCCCAAGUUUCUCAGAACCUCACAUUCCUCUAGUGGCUCGUGAGAUCAUGCAGCGAAUGAUCCGCCAGUUCGCUGCCGAAUAUACCUCAAAAACUACUCAGGACGACUCGCCCCUGCCCAACGGCAUCAUGAAGGACCAAAGCCUGCCGAGAGUGGCGUCUCUGGCCCCGAGCUCCCCGCCAGGACCUCCGCCCGCGCCGAGCUCCCCUCCAUCGUCUGCCUCCUCCUCUCCGUCCCCGACCCCAGGGCCGGGCCUCAGCCCCACCUCCGCCGCCGCUGCCGCCGCCUCAGCUCCCGCCUGCAGCAACGGCACAGGAGCCAGUAACGGUGGAGGAGGAGGGACGGCUGCUGCCUCUGCACAGAACCCCGUCCUCAGCAAGCUUCUCAUGGCCGACCAGGACGGCCCGCUGGACCUCUCCGUUAAAAAGAACCAGGAAGAUCCAGAACCCAGCCAGCAGGAUGGCGUCCUGGACCUCUCCACCAAGAAGAACCAGAGCGCUGGCAGCCACAAGACCUUCCCCGGCUUCUCCCCUGCGCCUGGGGUCAAAGGAUGUUCCCUCAAAGUGGAUCAGAGCCUGCCAGAGGUGGAUGAGGAGGAUGGCCUGCUGCAGAGAAGCUUGCAGGACGGACUGAGGGAGAACUACGUCAACUCCAACUCCUUCAAGCCUCCACUGGCCCGCUCGUUGCGUAUCAAGGAAGAGCUCCUCAGCCAGAAGCACCGCCUCCUGAGCCAGCCUGCUGCUCUUUCAUUGGCUAAUCUAGAGUCAGUCGGCUUGCUCAGUCAUGGCCAAUCCCACUCCUUGCUUGGCCAGAAGGGCUCCUCCUCUUUUUGGGGAAGCAAGGCCCACCUUGAAAGCUUGCUGAAGCUAAAGCAGGCCAGUGGAGCUCUGAGCGGGGCCCUCAGCGACCUCAAAGACCUGCCAACAUUCCUGGAGAAUCACCACCACAACCACCAUGGAGCCUUCUCCUUCAAGAGUUCCCUCCACCAUCACCACAAUCAGGUCUCCAAGGCUCAACACCACCAUAACGAUGGCAAGAGAGACCAGGGCCACUCACCUCCUGUCGACUUAAAAAUCCCACAAGUUCGGGGCAUGGAUCUCUCCUGGGACUCCCAUGCCUCUGAGCUAUAUGGCUUUGGUGCCAUGGGGGUUGGGGGUGGUGGCCAUGGGGAUAACAACCUGAGCCGGAAGCUGAGAGCCAUCCUGCCUAAGCAGAACCGCCGUGGAGGAAGCCUUGGAAGCCUGUUAGAUGGGGCCGCUGACUACUGGAGUUCCGACUUGGACCACUCAAGUUCCGGGCCGGCGUACUCCACCUCCGAUGCGGAAGGGGACCCAAACUCCAAGCAGCCGCGGAAGAAGAGGGGCCGUUAUCGCCAGUACAACAGUGAGAUCCUGGAGGAGGCCAUAGCAGUAGUGAUGAGCGGGAAGAUGAGCGUGUCCAAGGCUCAGAACAUGUACGGGAUCCCGCACAGCACCUUGGAGUACAAGGUCAAGGAGCGCUUGGGAACCCUGAAGAAUCCCCCAAAGAAGAAGGUCAAGCUGAUGAUGAAGAUGGAAGCAGGAGGCCAGGAUUUUCCCGCUGAGUCGGAGAACACGCCCACUGCAACUCCACGAGAUAACGGCCAGCCGCUGGCAGCUGCUGAGCUCAAGGACAAUGUAAAAGAAGAGAUUGAUGACAAUUUCAAACCAAUCGACUAAACGACUUACACAUGUAAACCUCAGUCAAAUGACUUAAGUAAUUUGAAAACGGAUGGGGCUUUAUUUGUGCCAAUUUACUUUGCAGUAUCUGGGUGAGCACAAAUGCAGGGAUAAUAUGAGGAGGAUUCUUAAAACAAACUGGAGAUAAACAACUAAUCGGAUGGUUUUUAACAAGCAUCGCCUGAGCGGUGCUGUAUAAGCAUUUGUUUAGCUUUUAUAUCCAGGGGCUUAACAAAUGCAGCUAAAGACAUUGGUUAAAUGACAAUUAAUGAAAUUUCCACAAGCAUGCUGAUAAUCCUCAGCCCAAAAACCCAAUCCCCCUCUUUUCUGAACUUGAUACACUGAAACGUUGCUGCUUAUAAAAGCAGUUUGGACUUUUGGACCAUUCUAAUUUGGGAAACAAUGAGGGGAAAGCUGAAAAUUAACUCCUUAAAAAAACUGACAGAUUAGUCCCUUUAUUGCUCCCCUCUCUCAUGGAGUACUAGCUGAAAAUUGGUAAGUGAACUGUCUAUUACAUUCAAAGCCAACUGUAAGGUUUUGUCAUACCAUUGAUAUUCCUCACCAGGGUUCUGAAUCAAAGCCCAUUCUCGUAUUGCCAGGUAGCCAUGACGCUUUAACUGCAAACCUUUUCUUUCCUCCUUAAGAUAUUCUGCUAAUCUGUGUGGACGAAAGCAACAUUAACCCGUCCUUUUUGAAUGAGAAAAGACACACAAGUCAUUCAGGGAUGCAUGUUUGUGAGUUUCGUGGACACUACUGACUUCUAUAAUUGACAUCUUUUCCUCUAUCUUUAUCUUUUCAUUUGAUUUGUUUUGCUUUCUUUUGCACUACACUUUGGGUCUGGCGCUUACAGACCAGGUUACCUCGGCAUUGUUGCCCUUGCAUCAUGCACUUAUUAUGGUCUGUCUCUAAAGCCCAGUUGCAACCUCACAAAGGGUCAGAGGUGCACCUCGCCUGCAUAAGCUGAUCCAUAAUCAGAUCCCGGGAAGCUCUAAAAAAAAACCCCUCUUUUUUUGCCAAGGGACAAGUUGAGGGGUAAUCUGAUAAUGGAUCAGCUGUUUUUAAGGCGGAAUGCUACCUCAUGGGCCUCCAUCAGUGUCUCACUGCUGAUCCUGGAAUGCCAAAGCCGCCUUCAGGUCGUCCUCCAAAUGGUGACCAGUGAUGGUGAACUCAUCCCCUCAUGGAGAUCUUUUAAUGGAUGAAAGCCUUUUAGGAUCAGAAUGUGAAACUCUGCUGCUAUCCAGCUGAUUAUCUAGCUCCUCUAUAAGGCUUCAGCUAGCCUUAGCAAAUGCGUUUUAGCUAGUCUUAGCUAACAACAAUACAUUGCUGAUGUUUUUAUCCUUUUCUAAUCAAACUAAGCAUAAACGACUAAGCUGAGUUUUAAAAGAUAUCCUUCUCCCUCAAACUUUAAAGGCAGUUUUAAAGGCAGUUGUGCAUUUAUAGAGGGGUGUUCAUUUUGGGAUGGUGGGUGGGCAAUAUGCAGUGGGGAGGGGUAGUUGAUAGAGGCGAGGGAAAGGCAGAUUUAAUAUAUUAUAAAUUAUUAUGACUGAUGAUGAUGAUAAAAGCCAAUCCGUGAUUCUAGAUGAUUUCUUUUCUCCUCAUUUUAACUCAGGGUAACUGAGACAGAUGAUGUGGGUUUCAAAUAUGGUCACUUCCUGUUGGACCUAUAGUAAACAUACAGGGGGACAAGACACGCCUCUCACUAAUGCUUUGUCUGCAGGAGGGGCCAUGUGAGUAAAUAUGGCAGCAAUAGCAGAAAGACCUGCUAAUGAAUCAAGAUAAAGAACAGUAAAAAACACUGACGCUGGGUUUGGGGAUCGAACUCAUGGCGCUUAACUUCUAAAAUAGCACUUUUCAAAACUACAAGGAAAAAACAAGAGAGAAAGAAAAGCUGUUUGAGGUUAUGCAUGUAGUGUAGCUCUUCUCUGGGGGAUAUGGAGCAGGAAGCGAUGAGGAGGACGGAGAGAUGGAGGAAAAAAGCUUUAGUGUGUGAAGACUUUCAGAAAGCUGCAGCUUGGACCCAAACUACUCUUUUUUCCCCCUCUCGAUUACCUCCACCAUUGGGAAAAAAAGAAAAAAAAAAAAAAAAAAGGUAGACAGCUUGAGCAAGUUGAGUUUUGUGUAGUGUCGUCUCGUCGUUUUCCCUCCCCUCACCGCUGAAGCACCAGGGAUUGAAAAUCUAUCAUCAUGUUUUACCAGGCGGGGAAAGAAUAUCCCUCAGAGGACACAGGUGGAAGGAAAAAAAAAUGCUCUUUUGGUAUUUUCCAUCAGGAAAACACCGGAGGAGAUGACAAAAGCUUUUUGUUUGUCAUGUUCUUUUGCUUUGUGGUAAAUGUUGCUCGUCGCUCCUAACACUGCCUGGUGCUCACCCAGUCUUUGAGAUUUAAAACAUGAGAAUUGUACUUCUGUGUUCAGAUGAAACGAUGAUGAUUCACUCCUUCUGAAAUGUAUUUUACAUUUUAUUUAUUUGAUUUGUUUGUUUUUUUUCUUUCCUUGAUUAUUCUUUUAAAAAUGGCAUGCACCACUUUUUUUUUGGCUGAUUUUGGGGUCAGACUGACUCAAUAUGUUGUAAUAAGAGGAUUUUAAUUGAAUCAAUCCUGAGCCAGAGACGCUCAAACUCAUUCAAAGUUAAAAACUGAUUACAAUCUAAUUAUAAUUAAGAGUGAUUUACUACCUGUUGCAUACAAUCUUAAUUUUCCUCUCAGUGGUUAUUGGUUAUCCACCUUAAGCUUUAUAGCUCCCUUGGCUUGAUGGGCAGGUUUGCAUGGCCAAUGGGAAAAGCUCCAGAAAAUAUCCCUGGAACAACAGUAUAUUUCCAGGGUUGUCAUGCAUGAAAUGCGUCCAACACUUUGACAAUGCUGAGCAUUUGAGGUGUCUAAAAGGUUGUUGUGCGUGUUGGGUUUGGACUGAGCGAAGGACAAUGCACCGAUCUGAUAGUUAAAACAGGAUCGAAGCCCCAGUGUCGAUAGCAAAGCACUUCUAAUGUACUCGCCUCUGAUAAAAGGCACGAUGGCUGCUCUCUUAGCCAGCUAUGAAUACAGUUUGACAAAGCACGACUUAACAGUGUGCAUCCUCCCUCUAAAAACAGAACAAAACAGAGUCAUGGCACUCGAACAGUUUGCCUGUUUCAUGUAAUGCAUGUAAAGCAUGGAUUUGUGCUAGUGAAAAAAAAAGAAAAUCUAUGUAUAGAAACGGUGUAAUUCGCACUUAAUGCACAGGUUUGCAUGGAUAAACCUCAACAGCACUUAGACUGAAUUCCUGAUAAAGGUGAUUCCUUGACGGUCAAUCUAUCUGUGUAUAACUUACACUAAAUCCUUUACAAAGUUUUCUUUCAAGAAAUUCUUGCCCCAUAUUGUACAUUUGGCUCUAUAACUGUCCUAUUACAUUCUGAAAAGCAUGUUUAAUGACUAUUUUCAGUCCCAUUUUCAGCCUGAUCUUAUCUACUGAGGUGCAUGCCAUUUAAGGCAUAUUUAUUUCAUUUAAUUUGAUUUUUCUUGUUUGUUGUUUUUCUUGUUUGUAGUCAUGUGGUUAACGGCUCCCCCUGUCCGAAAAAGUCCUCCUUCUUGCAACUGAGUCUCACUGCUGUUUUUAAAGAAACCUCAUACUAGAUGAUAUACUUAAGAGAACAGUAUAUAUCUAUUUCUAGACAUAUAUAUAAACAAAUACAUAAUGAAUGUAGUGAACUGAAUAUCUCAUAACUUACAAAUCCAGAACAGUGAUCCUCAAAAAAGAUGGCACUGUCAGUUCAUUUUUAACAGACUGUUGUUUUUAUUAUUUUGCUUUUUACUUUCACUUUACGCUGCUUGCAUUGGAAACGCAGUCGUUUUCUGACGCGGGCGUGCAACAGUAGCCUUCAGUACUGUAAAUGUCUCAGGAUCGAGCCAAUGGGAUGGGCAGCAAUAUUUGUCAGUCGGAAAAUGGCACAGACUUAACUACCUGUACUAGAUGUAAUUUAAAGACUUAUAUAUACAGUAUAUAAAAUAUAUGUCGACUUGGUCAGCAGAGACCAAGUGAUAUACCUCAAUCUCAGAAUAAUGACUCCUUUCCGUGCCUCGUACUUUUAUGUAUACCUUAUCUGGGAGCCUGGCGAAGGGAUAGCCGAUACUCUGGGAAUUAUAGUAUCCUCCGCUGUUUCUCUUCUUUUAUUAUCUGUUCGUUUUUCUUUUCUUUGUUUCGCCUCCCUCUUGCAAAGGGAGGAGGGAGACGCUUCAAGUGUCUGACUGACCAAUAUUUGCCACCCUACCUCUUUUCAGGUAUUUUUUUUUUUCGCAACAACAGAACCUUAUAGACCUAUAUAAUGAGCAACAGAUUGAGAAAAAGAAAAGACCCACAGGGACUGCACAGAUAUUCCUGAUCUUAUUACUGGAUGGGUUUGGAAUGGGAGGGCUAUAAACCUCUCAUUUCAUCCUCUGAACGUAAAAACAUUUUGGGAUUCAGUCGUCUGAUUUCACCCUGGAGGCGAUAAAUCAGGUCGGUCCCACCCUGGUCUGAGAAAGAACAAGGUGUUUUUGUUCACUGAGGGUUUUUCCUUUCUUUCUUUCUUUUUUUUGGUUUACUGUUUGUUUUUAGGUGUAACCUAACUCCAUGUUGAAACUUGACAGUGGAAUUUCUUUUCUUUCUUUUUUUUUGUGCAUUUUGUUUUUAUUUCUCACACCCAGAGAAAUCAGAGACCCAGAGGGGAGAUUGGGGGACAGGUGGACAAGUUAACCUUCCUUUAUCUGCUGUCUUGUAUAAAGAUAAAUAUCCUGUCCAAAAUCUUUUACACUGCAUUCCAAAAAACACCCCACACACAGGAAAAUGUACCUUUAUAUGAUGAAAAAAGCUAUAUACUUAUGAAUAUAUGUAUUUAUUUUACCGUUUUUGCAUCUUCAGGUAAGCCAAUUGAUUUCUCUUUUGAUUUUCACUGUUUUUGUUGACUUCAUUUUAUUUCUUCUGAGUGAACGACUGUCAAAUACAUGAUAAAGAAGAGAAAAAUGUCAAACAGCAACUAUUGUAACCUCACUUAGUAGACGCCACAUGGCAUGCCAUUUUGUUUCAGGAUGGUGUGUGAUGAGGCGGGCUGCCAGGAAAGAAAGACCCAUAAUGUACAUGAUUGCCAUGCUCCUCUCUGCAGAGAGGUUUCUUCUGUUUCUUUCUGUGUCACGCUGCAUAUCUGGUUGUCAUUUAUACCUCAGGUCCAACCACUUCAAAGCAGCUGAUUGUACAUUAGAAACACACACACAAAGAAGAAUCAGGAUUUUUAGUACGGCACAUUUCCAGAUUUUUAGAUGUAAGCGACGGAAGCAGUUUUUGAAUACUUGUCGUCUCUUGUUGUUGUCGUUCCUACUGUUGUUAUUCUGAGGACGUCUUCUUUUCCUGUC